GGAGGUCCGCAUCCAGCCCAAAAGUGAGAGCGCGGCCAUGUUGAAUUGUCUAGAUUCUGAAAGAAGAGACAAAAGAGUGACAACUCGGUGGAUUUCUCUAAACAGCAUUUAUCUUACAUUAUUUACCGAGACGUACACGUUGAAACUGCGAUGAAACGCUGAAGACUGUUUGCGGAUGUGCGAACUGAAGGUAGCAUCUCUCUCUCUCCGUCUGUUUCUGUUUUAAGUGUCCUCUCUCUCCCUCUCUCGCUCUCAGAGGCAUAUUGAUAAAAACACAGCCGUUACGGUUAACUUUUCAAACCAAAGACAAAAGUAGCAUGGUUGCUCGGUGUAGUCAUAUCGCGGUCGAAUAAAAGCUCUGUAUUAAGUUUGAUAAUCUUAAAAGCUCCAUAUAUUGUUUCUUGAACAAUUCACUCUCAAGACGUAAAGUUCAUGUUAGCUGGUUAGCUCGGUGGUUAAAGCCACGUUGCUAUGUAGAAAGUUAAAGGCUGUUGAACGGCUUGUUCACUACUUUGGAGUUUAUUUCCUGGUUUAUCAGCGACAACAAAGGCUUCGUGAUAAUGAGACCGAUUGGAAAGCGUUGGUGUGUUUUAACUAAACCUGUAUUUUGUUCACCGAGGAUCUAAAGUGUAAUUGAAAACUCGCUUACUUUCGGUACAAGGAUCAGUUUACUUUAGCAUGUAGGUGUUAGCUUUAUGUAGCAGUAGUUUGUCUUAUUACAACAGAAACACACUGGACAGUCUGUGCCCGUUUCUUGACUUAAAUAAGUAACUGACUUAGAGUUUGCAUUGUUAUUUCGUCUAAUGUUCGGUUUUAUUGAAGGUUUUGGUCGUUCACUUUGAGGCAGGGCGAGUUUAUCAUGAAAACAUCAUCUACUGAGGACGACUAAGAGGUGCUGAACAAAACAAGCUGUAACACGAAGAAUGAACAACACUGAGAAAUAAAUAAAAAAACAACUUGUUGAUUUAAAGUAGAAAGAAUCAGAUAUAUGAUUUAAUUUAGACAAAAAGAGAGAGGCGAAAUAGAUAAGGUAUCCAAAGUAGGGCUGGGCGAUAUGUGAAAAGGUUUAUAAUGAUAUAUUUUUUUCAUAUCGGUCGAUAUUUAUCACGAUAUAAAAAAUGUAAUUUAACAGUACUUAUUGGUAGAAUGUCCUUUACAGCACUAAUUUUCUUUUUUUCUCAUCAACAGUGCUGUUGGCUUCACCUGUUAAAGUGCGAUGGUUGCUGUCGCUGCAGCCUGCUACUACGCAGUUUUUUGCUAAUUCAGCACACGGUAGGUUCAGCUUGAAGUGGACCCGGAGCAACUCCCCUUUUCAUUGGCUAUUCGUAUAGUCUACCAAAACAUACUGACCAUCGAAAAAGAUAUUGAUCGUGAUUUUAUAUUGAUAUUGAGGGAAAUUAAUUUUCAAUAUAUAUCGUUAUCAUUUUAUUGCCCAGCCCUAGUUCAAAGGUAUAUACAAUUAAGUGAUAAAGGGUGUGAGAUCAAUUAAAAUUUAAUUUCAAUCAAAGUGGAUGAAAAGGCAUUGAACUAGGCAGCAGAACAUGUUUUGGUGAUAUUUAAGCUCCUGUGUGGGGUUUAGGCCUGUUAUGAAAAUGAUUGCAACCAAUACUGACGCCUGAUAUGUCCUGAAAAACAAACAAAACCAGUUUGGUACCUAAAUUUAUAUUUACUAAGGCUGCACGAUAUUGGAAAAAACUAACAUUGCGAUUUUUUUCAACCCUGCGAUGUAUAUUGCGAUAUUAAAGAUAGCGCUUUAUGCUGUGCGGCGCUUCUGAAAUUUUAAGGACAGUUAACCUGCACUGAACUUACCUGUUUUUGUGAAUGUAAGUAGAAUGGCUUCUGUCUGUCUUAGAGAUAUUUUUAGCUUUUAUUGUGCUGGGACAUUUUUGUGGCAACAGAUGAACACAGAACAGGUGUUUGGUCGACAUCAUCCUCCUUGUAACCGAAAUAAUUCCAGAUAACUGACAUUCCUUUUCUUUUAAGCAACACGUCUUCAUCUUCGGUGGAUUUCUCUUGUUUGUUGCUCAUUUUGCAAUUGUUGUUGUUGUUACUGGUGUUGUGCUGAGAAACACAUGUCCGCAGAGAAUUGCAUGCACCUUGCGGAAACGCGCACUGCUUAUAGUAGAGUGGUCCACGGAAAUGUACAAUUUAAAACUCAUACAGUUCUUAUUUGUAGGGCUAAACAGUGAUGAAGAAUGUUCCCAAAGUAAUUCUUGGCGGGCAUGCGACUAUUUAUUUAUUUUUUGGUUCUAGGAACACUAAUUGUAUGUGGAUUUAAGUCAGAUAACACUGGUUGUUCAUUGAAGGACCCAACAUGAACAAAGACUGGAACUUCCAUACUGGAGCUUUAAAAAACCUACAGAUUUCAAACUGUUUAGUACUCAGCUCGAUCCACAGGUGAGGAGCAUACAAACCAGAGGCUGCCUUACUCUGCUUGGUUCUGUCCAUAGACUGUCUAAAAUAUGGAUGUAGUUCUGAAGCCUGUCGGCGACAGUGGCCAUAUAGAAAUGCUAACUCAGCCUAACUUUUCCCAAGAAGCGAAGAGAGGGCGAAGAAGAGUAAAGGCCUCAGAUCAAAACUCUUUGAACCAACAUGUGAUUUUUGCUCUUAUGAUGCGCAUGAAUCGGUGUGUUUGUGGUUUCAAGACCUUCUGCAGCCCGCCUCAAGCAGGUGAACUGCAGUUUUUAACACUUCUGAAUCAGCAUAAUUUCUCAAGUCUGGAGGUUGCUGCUUGCUUCUAACUUUAGGUGCAAUGAGUAGACCCAGAGGACCUGAGGCAUCUGGAUGCUCCAUAACAGACAUUUUUUGGCCCAAGACCAUGUCCUGCUUAAAUUAGGGAUAAGGAUUUUAAAAUCUAUCUUUAGACUCACAGGAAGCCGGUGGUGUGAUCUGAUGUAAUGUGUCCCACUUUCUUGGUUUUGGUUUCAAAACAUAGGCUUCAGUCCUGUGGUCUACGCUGCUGUUGUUGACAUUGGACAGCUUAACAAAACUUGGCGUUGUUAUUUGUGUUUACUAAUGCACACGUCUUAACUGCAGCCUGGAUAACUGAUCGACUGUAAUCACAUCUAUUUUCUGUUUGGCAGAUAAUCUGGAAUGGUACAGCACUUUGUGGACCGCCAUCUUCAAAUCUGUUGCAGCAGAGAGAAAUAAAACUGGAACAAGAAUGCCACUAGUAUUAAGUUUGGACUGCCCCUAUUAAAAAAACAACAUAUAUUUUGAGCUGAUAUGAAGCACUAAAAUAACUCAACAGAAGUGAAUAAACAGAUGAUAAUUUCUUUCUCACUAAAGUGAAUGUAGCAAAACAUAGCACUUGGACUUGAAAAGAAAACAUUAUCAGUACAUCAAUACUGCAGGAAUGAGAAUACUUUGACAAACACCUCUAAAGAAAGGAAAAUAGUUUGUUUUGGUUCCUUAAGAAGUAUUUGAUUUAUUUAUUCAUAUGAAUGUUAAUUUCUCCAUUUUUGGAGAGUGGUCGUGUAAAUAGACAGAUUUCAUAAACAGACUUCUUUUGAAGAGGUCUGAACAUCAGAUUGUGUACACUGUAAAAAGUAAAGAGACAAAAAGGUUUGAGUUCUUUGCAGUGUUUAAGUUUGUGUUUACACAAUUGAGCAUUAAUCCAGACUGGGAUUGAAAACGCUAGAAAGUUAACACUGAAGAAAUUAUCAGUUAAGAGUUUUACAAAUGGCUACGACAAGAACCGCAAACCCGGCAGCAAUGAUUGGUUUGAACAAACCAGCAAAUGGGCAGCUCAGGGGACCGACCAUGCCAGCUGGACAACAAGGAGGAGUCUUUGCAACUGUUGAAGAGCCCACUGCACUCCAGAAAAUGACCAGCAUUCCUCAGAGCAGUGGAGGCAUCAAGUAACGUAUUCCUUCUGUGUCAUAAAAUGUUCAAUGAAUAUUAGUCGAUGUAUUAUCACCUCUGUAGUGCCCUUAAUAUCGCCAUUAACUGUAUGAAUUUUGUAUGAAUAAAACCGCCUUGUCUUGUGAUUCACAAAGGUUUGGCGAUGACUGGAAGAAGUGUCUGGAACUUCCUCCAAAAGACAACAGGUUGAGAACUUCGGUAAGGUAACACGUGGUUAUGCCAGCCUCAGAAUCGCUAUAAAAUCAAGACAUGUCACAUUUUGUGUACAUAUUUUAGAUCUGAAAGUGUGUUAACUACAAACGCAUUUCUGCGUUAUGAUCUGUCUUCAAAGGAUGUGACAUCAACCAAAGGAAAUGAAUUUGAAGACUACUGCCUAAAGAGGGAACUCCUGAUGGGAAUCUUUGAGAUGGGAUGGGAGAAACCCUCUCCUAUACAGGUAAAUGUGACUUUAGGUUAGUCUUCUUUUUAUGUUGUUUACCUCUGUGCUACCACAACAUUGACAUAUCUACAAAUCAAAUAUAUUAAGUUCACUCACUAAAAUCUGAAAUAGAAUCUGUGUUUUUAGUCUGCUCCAAAUGCUUUCAAAUGUAACUCUUAGACAUAAUUAGGUUUUUUUGCCUCAGGAUUUUUUUCACUGUCAGAGGACAUUUAGCUGCACUUCCCCCAGACCUCUUAUUUUUGGAUGUGCAUGCCAGUUCAGCAGAAUUUGGGGUCUGUCUUGCAGCACCAUUGUUGCAGCCUCACUGCAUUUGUUCUCAUUCCUCAUUCCCCCACACCUCUAUUCACGGUUUAGAUAUUUGACAAUGAGAUGGAUUUGUUACGCAGAAUGCAUUUCCCUGCAGUUUGAGCUUUUAUAAAUAGACGUAACCACCCUGUCAAGGAUUCUAGAGUUAAAGGACUGGUUGUCCAAUGCUUCAUAUUGUGUGUUAUGCCUGUUUGCCUCAUUUACAUAAAGUCUGCCAUGUCCAGUUAAUUAUGGCAAUUGUGCUGAUUUAUCUUGUCUGUUUGCCAAAAGGAGGAGAGCAUCCCCAUCGCUCUGUCAGGCCGAGAUAUUCUUGCUCGAGCCAAGAAUGGCACAGGAAAAAGUGGAGCCUACCUCAUCCCUCUCCUGGAGAGGAUAGACCUCAAGAAAGAUCACAUCCAGGGUGAGAUUCUGCUGCUUUUUGUCUUGAAGUGGUAACUUCAUCCAGUGUAUAUAUCUGCCAAUACAAAAUAUACAUCUAUGUUGCAUUAUAUGGUAUCCUAUUUUAAACUAAGGCAGAAAUCAAAGAAAGCCUUUGGUGCACAUGUUUAAAAAUGGUUUCUCCCUGGUUGUGUUUCCUCGGCUCAUUGUCUUUUCUUGUCUCUGUCCAGCCAUAGUUAUGGUGCCAACAAGAGAGCUGGCUCUGCAAGUGAGCCAGAUCAGCAUGCAGCUGGGCAAGCACCUUGGAGGGGUCAAAGUCAUGGCUACCACGGGUGGUACAAACCUGAAAGAUGACAUCAUGCGUCUGGAUGAGACAGGUGCUUUUUAAAAUUUUUGAAACCACUUACUCGUUUCCAAUAAAAAAGAAGGUCUUGUCUCUCUGCAGUUUGAGUAUUUUUUAUUUUACAAAUGUCUUUCAAAGAUUUUCCUUGUCGAUUUUUUUGUAGACAGCAUUACAAAAAAUUUAUUGAAAUGUGCUCAUGGUGCUUCCUAAUUUCCCAACAGUGCAUGUAGUCAUUGCUACUCCAGGCAGGAUAUUGGACCUGAUGAGGAAGGGUGUAGCAAAAAUGAACAAAGUAACAACGAUGGUGAUGGACGAGGUGGGUGAAGCUCUAACUUUCUCAAUUAGUGUUUCAGUAUUGCUCACUUUGGAUUUACACGUCUUCUCUCAAAUGUGUCUUCGUCAGGCGGACAAGCUGCUGUCCCAGGACUUUGUGGUCUUGAUUGAAGAUAUUAUCAGCUUUUUGGCAAAAGAUCGACAGAUCCUGCUUUACUCAGCUACUUUCCCCAUCAGCGUGCAAACAUUUAUGGUAAAAACUGAAACAGCUUUGAAACUCUCGUACAAAGAGAGAGACUAAAUGAUAACCUGAGAAUAUUUAUUUCCAGAGGAGGCACCUACAGAAACCUUACGAGAUCAACUUGAUGGAGGAACUGACAUUGAAGGGCAUCACUCAGUACUAUGCCUAUGUGACUGAGAGACAGAAGGUCCACUGUCUGAACACACUCUUCUCCAGGGUGAGUGUUGGUGCCUGAUGGUAAAAUUAGUAAUUAUGGACAGUAACUGGUUGCUGGACUCAGUCAUAUCUUUUUAUGUAGUGUUCAUGGAUUUGAACCUGUGUAUAUAAAUCUGUUACAAUGUUUUUGUAGUUUAUUUAACAAAAGAUAAGUUUGACAUCUGAUAGAUAGUGAAGCUAUUAAGGUCUUAUCUGUUCGGUCCAGCACAGCACCUGGCUUUUAUAGACUCAGCGUGUACCUACAAACACUAACAGGAGUUUUUCCUCAACUUCUAUUAAUCAUCUUUUUUUUUUUCAUACAGCUUCAGAUCAAUCAGUCCAUCAUCUUCUGUAACUCCACCCAAAGAGUUGAGCUUCUCGCCAAGAAAAUCAGCCAACUUGGCUACUCGUGCUUCUACAUCCAUGCAAAGAUGAUGCAGGAAUACAGAAACCGCGUCUUCCAUGACUUCAGGAAUGGAUUGUGCAGAAACCUGGUGUGCACAGGUAAAUGACGAGAGUUCUGCAUUUAACACAAAACAGGAACUACAACAAGCGGGCUGACUGAUCUUUAUAUUUUCUUUCAGAUCUUUUCACGAGAGGAAUUGACAUCCAGGCCGUCAAUGUGGUCAUCAAUUUUGACUUUCCGAAAAGUGCAGAGACUUAUCUGCACCGCAUCGGCAGAUCAGGUACAAAAAUACACACUCAUGAAAAGUCACUGCGCAUAAGUUGGUGUACAGCUAGGUCUUUUGAUUCGGCACAGUGGUGUGCUUGUUAUUGUACCGCCACUGCCGGUGUAGAUAUUUACCACCUGUGUUUGUUUCAGGGCGUUUCGGCCAUCUGGGUCUAGCCAUCAAUCUGAUAACCUCAGAGGACCGCUACAACCUCAAAAAUAUCGAGGAUCAGCUGGUGACUGAGAUCAAGCCCAUCCCUGGCAGCAUCGAUAAGAGUCUGUAUGUGGCCGAGUUUCACUCUGUUGACCCAGACGAUGACAGCAGGGACAAAAACAAGGACUCUGGAGCAGCCUGAAAGAAUGGUCAGUUCCUUUUAAGAUGAGAUGUUACAAAACCACUGAAGCAUUUCAUUGUUGAUCCUGAUCUUGUACCCUCAUCUGUUAUGACAAAUAUAAAAGAAAUUCUCUGUUUAAUUGACUUCUUAGCUUAUUAUUGCAAGUUCAGAAACUAGAUGAUGGCUUUUAUGCUCAUUAAGUCCCACUCUUGAAUACUUAAGAUAAAGAAAAUAAGUUAAUGUUAGAAAAGAUAAGUACUCAUUGCUUAUUAAAUUAAAAAAAAAAAUUGGGAGAUCAAAUUUUCUGGUCCAGAUGGUGUGUGUGCGCAUAUAUGAGGGAGUUUUCAUGUUGAAUUGGUAACUUUAAAUCGCACUGCUGAAAACAUCAGAGCAUUCAAGCUCGAGGAAGACCAAUACUAACAACCUUGUUUAUGGAUAACAUCCUCUUACAUCAAGAAGAUUAACUAAAGUUUAACAGGAUUUAGAGGUGAAGGGCUGUCCUCUCAGGCUGCACUGCAGCACACCCCAUCGAUUCAUUUAGAGCUGAUCAGCUCACACAGAUAGAUGCCUCCAUUCCUCCCCUCACAGAGCAGCGACUCAUUCACAUGGUUUUGAUCAGAUAUUCUAACUCGACUUUCUGUUUUUCCAGAGAGGCACCGCGCUGGCCGUCGAUCACACCAUCUCGUCUGUGCUUCAAGCAAGAUUUCAAAUGAAGAUUUUCAGUUCUCCACUUGAAAAAUGGUUUAUUUUUAGAUUUCUGUUUUGAGUUCUCAGCCGUCUCUUACUUCUGUCCAUUAAACUGAUAACUUUCACACAUAAAGCAGUUCUGCCACACAGCAGGUGCAUAUGUUGAUGGCUGUUGCUGAAUUCUGUUAUUGAACUGAGCCAUUUUUUUCCUGUACUUUGCUCUAAGAAUGAAAAUGUGAAACCAAAGAGACCACAGUCCACCUCCUGUCUUUGUUGUGGUUUAUAACGGCCCCAUUGACAUUCUGCCGACAUGUUUUAUGAGUUGAUGCUUUGGAAGAAGCCCCAUUUUAUGUGUGCCUGUACAGCCAGACAACUUUAUAAGAUUAUCCCCUCCCCCUUUGCUCACAUAGCAUCCUGAAUUAGUCUUGGUACGGAUUCAACAGUGUACUGGAAACAUUCCUUAAGGGAGGCUGGUUCAUGUUGGCAUGAUGACUUCACACAUUUGGCGCAGAUGUGUCAGCUGCUCACUCAUGCUAUGCGUUUAGUGCCUGAUCUCAUCCCAUUGGUGCUCUGUUAUUAUUGACAUCUGGUGUAUGUGAAUGCCAAGUGAUGUGUCACGGUACCCUGAAAAGAAAAGGCCACAGGACAAUGUUGGAAUGAAUAUUCAAGAUUUCAAUAAGUGCGCAAAAAAGGUUUUGCCAUUCUCCUCUGAUCUGUUAUUAACAAGAUUUCUUUAUCCUCAUGGUCAAAACCUAUGCCUCUUACAUCCCUGUGAAGCUGUUGGUGAAAAGCAUCUGACAAUCUCUGCAUGCUUUUGUACUCUGGUUUACCAACUAUCUUAGUUGGUGGAAUCUUUAGUAAUCAUUCCAACUGGUCCAGUAGCUUAUUCACACAAGUUUGGGGAUGUAGUGGUAAAUAUCUUAGCAGAAUGCACAUUCAACAAGUGUCCGUCAAAGAGGUGCCAAAGUCUAAUAUACAAAGUGACGGUUUUACUUAUUUACAAGAAGUCUGCACAGUUUUUUCCCUGACACCGCCAGCAAGUCAAAGCACCAGGAGGCCUCCAAAAAUUAAAGUGUGCCCAAUUCUUUCACUAACACAAAUAUUUGUAGCACCUCUGUCAGUCAUGGUACCUUAGAAUUGUCCAAACUUGGCAGGCAGUAUUUUCCUCAGGUCUUGGGAUUGUCAAUAACAUUCUGGAUUGAGGGGGGCCUUACACGCUACAUGUUGAAACUGGUCAACCUGUUUAGUCCUUCUGUUUCUGAGUCUCCUAUUCCCUCCCAAGUGCCUUCACUUCACAUCACAGUUUGAGUUUGUUUUGCACCAAAAAGGCAUUCAGACAGUUUACCAAUUUAAAGCACAAUUAGUGUCUGAGAGGUUUUUUUUGUAUUCUCUUAUGUCCCAUUGCUGCAUUUGAAAUCUACAUGAGCUUGAUCACAAGUUGUUAAGGCAGGAAAUAAAAGGAACUUUCUGUUAAGUGUGUCACACCAGUGCCUCUGAAAAAAAAUAAAUAAACUGCAACUGAUUAAA